AUUUUGCAUCUCUCACUCUCAAUUAUCUCUUGUUAUAUGGCGAAUUUAAUCCUUAAGCAAGCUCUUAUCAUACUCCUAAUCAUAUUUUCAUCACAAAUCAUGAGUACUCAGGCUCGAAUCCUCCAUGCAGACCGAGUUGAAAACAUGGGCAUUAUGAAUAGUCAGGUUCUCCUACGUGAGCUCGGGUUCGAUCUCUCCAAGUUCAAAGGAUAUAAUGAAAGGAGGUUUUUAGUGGAUUCGGAAAGGGUUUCACCGGGAGGACCUGACCCACAACAUCAUUGAAUGGUACGGAUUAUAUACUUGGCCGAAGAUUCAAGCACAAUAACUGUGACUGAUCCAUGCAGGUCAUCAAAUACCGCUAUGUUAUAUGCUUUUAUUCUCUCUUAUAAAUAUUACGUACAAAUUUCGUUGCCAAAAAAAAAAAUAUUACGUGCAAUUUUGCUGUAUGAAGGUUUGGUAUAGUUGUACCUCCUUGUCUUAAUACAUCAAACUUUUCUCUGUAUGUUCUCGUGUGUCUCCAAUGAGUUACUUUUUAUGUAACAGCAAUUGGAUU